GGAAAAAAAUUGCCCCCAAUUCGCAUCCCCUACAAAUACCAAAGCUCACCGAAACUCAAAUUCCAUUUGCUAUUAUUUCUCUUCUUUUUUUCAUCUCUCUGCAAUUAGGUUUACGAAAUGGGGAAGAGAAGCAGAGCUAAGGUUUCCAAGGAGCACAUUGAGGAUGAAGAAGAAGCUGAAAUUAAGGAAGACCGAGAUUUUUUCCACGGAUCAUCUUCCUCAGCCGGAACAAGCUUGUACGAGAUUCUUGGGGUGGAGAAAACUGCCUCUCAGGCUGAGAUAAAGAAAGCUUACUACAAGUUGGCUUUGCGCCUGCAUCCCGAUAAAAAUCCCAAUGAUGAGGAAGCUAAGGAAAAAUUUCAGCAGCUACAAAAGGUUAUCUCUGUUCUUGGUGACGAGGAGAAACGUGCUGUAUAUGAUCAGACUGGAUGUGUUGAUGAUGCUGACCUAGCAGGAGAUGUCAUCCACAACUUGCGGACAUUUUUCCGGUCCAUGUAUAAAAAGGUCACAGAGGCUGAUAUUGAAGAGUUUGAGGCAAACUACAGAGGCUCUGAUUCUGAGAAAAAAGAUUUGCUUGAGCUGUAUAAAAAAUUGAAGGGCAACAUGGAAAAGCUUUUCUGCUGCAUGAUUUGCUCUGAUCCCAUGCUAGAUUCCCACCGCUUCAAGGAUAUGAUUGACGAGGCCAUUUCUGAAGGUAAAUUGAAGUCAACAAAGGUGUAUGAGAAAUGGGCCAAGAAAGUAUCCAAAAUAAAGCCUCCUACAAGCCCAUUGAGAUGCAGAAAGAAAUCGAAGAAAAAUUCGGAAGACUUGUAUGCUAUAAUAGCACAAAGGCAAAACGAGAGGAAAGGUAAGCUUGACUCCAUGUUCUCAUCUCUUGUUCAAAAAUACGGUAGCAGUGAAUUGGCUCCAGAGCCGAGUGAAGAAGAAUUUGAAGCUGCUCGUAGAAAACUUGAAAGCCGAAGAACUUCCAAACGGAAGUAACUCACGCCAUACUGUAAUAUAUUACUUUCCUACUUCGACUUAAGAACUUGAAUUAUCUACUUUUCUGACUGUAUGAUAUCAUGAAUGGCUAGUGAGAGAACUGUGUUCGUAAAUUUUAUCAGAAUUGUUGUGAAAAUGGUUGCUACAUUGUUCUAUAUUAAAUUUAUACUAAAAAGGGAACAAUCAUAUUUCCAGUUUGGUUACAACUUACAGAUAAACCCGUCGUGUUAUGAAUCUACGA